AUGGGCACCGCGAGCGAGAUGAUCGCCACCCGAGAGGAGAUGCGCGAGGCCAAGCUCGACAUCGGGUACAGAGACUUUUGCGCGCACCUCCUCAUCCCGCUCAACGAGUGCCGAAGGAAAUCCUUCUUCCUGCCGUGGAAGUGCGAGCACGAGCGACACGUGUACGAAAAGUGCCAGUACAAAGAGUACAUGAAGCGCGUGGCGGCGAUGAAGGCGUCGAAGGAAUAG